GUAAUGAAGAACUCGUCAUUCUUAAUUCUUGGGUUCAGGAAUUCCUCUAUAACUUAAGUGACACAAUAAAAGCUUUUUCUAUUCUUUUAGUUACUGAUUUAUGGAUCGGAUUUCACUCGACCCAUGGUUGGGAACUAAUGAUUGGUUCGGUCUACAACGAUUUUGGAUUGGAUCAUAACGAUCAAAUUAUAUCUGGUCUUGUUUCCACUUUUCCAGUUAUUCUAGAUACAAUUGUGAAAUAUUGGAUCUUCCUUUUUUUAAAUCGUGUAUCUCCUUCGCUUGUAGUAAUUUAUCAUUCAAUGAAUGAAUAAAGAACUCAUUUGAUCUUAUUAUAUCAAUCAAAUCAGAAUCUUUCUUCGUGUAUAAAGAAAGUAUUUUCAAUUUGACUUAAUUCUUUAUACUUUUAUCUGUUCAAGGUAUUCGUCCUAUAUUCCAGUACAAUUAUUCCAGUACAAUGACAGACUCGUGUAUAGGGAACUAUACUAGCUACCUAUCUAAUUUAUUGUAGAAAUUCGGGGAUCAAUGAUUGGACAUGCAAAAUAAAAAUACUUUUUCUUGGGUAAAGGAAGAGAUGACUCGAUCCAUUUCUGUAUCGAUCAUGAUAUAUGUAAUAACUCGGGCAUCUAUUUCAAAUGCAUAUCCCAUUUUUGCGCAGCAGGGUUAUGAAAACCCGCGAGAAGCAACGGGACGAAUUGUAUGUGCCAAUUGCCAUUUAGCUAAUAAACCCGUGGAUAUUGAAGUUCCGCAAGCUGUGCUUCCUGAUACUGUAUUUGAAGCAGUUGUUCGAAUCCCUUAUGAUAAGCAACUGAAACAAGUUCUUGCUAAUGGUAAAAAGGGGACUUUGAAUGUGGGGGCUGUUCUCAUUUUACCCGACGGAUUCGAAUUAGCCCCCCUUGAUCGUAUUUCUCCUGAGUUGAAAGAAAAGAUAGGAAAUCUGUCUUUUCAGAGUUAUCGUCCCAACAAAAGAAAUAUUAUUGUGAUAGGUCCUGUUCCCGGUCAGAAAUAUAGUGAAAUCGUCUUUCCCAUUCUUUCCCCCGACCCUGCUACGAAUAAAGACGUUCACUUCUUAAAAUAUCCCAUAUACGUAGGUGGGAACAGAGGAAGGGGUCAGAUUUAUCCUGAUGGUAGCAAAAGUAACAAUACAGUCUAUAAUGCUACAUCAGCAGGUAUAGUAAGCAGAAUAGUACGUAAAGAAAAAGGGGGAUAUGAAAUAACCAUAGUUGAUGCAUCGGAUGGACAUCAAGUGGUUGAUAUUAUACCUCCAGGACCAGAACUUCUUGUUUUAGAGGGUGAAUCCAUCAAGCUUGAUCAACCAUUAACAAGCAAUCCCAAUGUGGGAGGCUUUGGUCAGGGAGAUGCAGAAAUAGUGCUUCAAGACCCAUUACGGGUCCAAGGUCUUUUGUUCUUCUUGGCAUCUGUUAUUUUGGCACAAGUUUUUUUGGUUCUUAAAAAGAAACAGUUUGAAAAGGUUCAAUUGUACGAAAUGAAUUUCUAGGUGCAGAGAUUCCUUAACAUCAAGUUGGUAAAAAGCGCCGAAUUUUUUUUGAUCCAUACAAUUAUGUAUGAUCAAAAAAUCUGUAAACCUUUUUGGUUGCUUUGUUUAUACUUUUUUUUCGUUUUGCGGGAUGUCUGGAAUUCAUUACUUGUAUCCUAUUCUUAGUAAUAGACAAUAGACAUACAAAGAAAGAGAAUACAGUGCAAGGAUGGGAAAAAUGAAAGAAAGAAAUCCUUUUAGGAAGGAUUACUAGUCUUACGAGUCUUCUAUUCGACACAAGAAAAGGGCGGAAAAUCCUUUUUCUUGUGUCGUCUUAUAUCGAAAUAAUAAUGAUUUUUUCUCCAGUUCGUCAAAGAUUACCAUUCCUUCUUUUCCGGGUCCACCAGAACUCUUUUGGUUAGAUUCAUAGGAAGUUGUGGACAAACAAAAAGAGAGAAAGGAUUAGGGGAAUAAUUGAUUGAGCAAAUAGAACUUCUUCAAUUAACUUAAACUUUUAACUUAGAGAAAUUAUUCAAGAGAAAUUAUUCAAACAAAUUAUAUUAUAAUUAUAUUAUAGAGUUUUAUAGAGUAAGUUCUAUUAGUAGUUUAGUAUAGAAAUUAUUUGCAGGAUGUCUCAUGCGUAGAAAUCUAUAUAAUAUUGUAUUAUUCAGAAAAUCCAUUGAUUACUCUUUUCUUGUUUCUUCAUAAGAGUUAAUAUUAUGGAGGAAAGGAAGAACAGAGACUAUGAAUCAAUCAAUAGAUUCAAUUCUUCAAAAACAUUAUUAAGAAACAAAAGAAUAGAGUGGUUUGAAACAUCAGAGCAAAGGAUCCGUUUUGUCAUUUCAUUUCUACGAAUAUAAUAUUUUGAUUAUGUUGACUGGCCAAUUUGUAUGUUAUGGAAUAGAUCAUAAUCUUCCUAUAAGAGUAAGAAAAGAACUCAACGGGACCUUAUCGCUCUAAUUAGACAAAGGAGGGUAAGGUCCCGUUGAGUUCUUUUCUUACUCUUUCAUGUCUACAAUCCGGUUUAUCCGAUUACUAGAGAGAUGAACCCAACCCAGAAUAUGAACCGUAAAAGAAAACACCUAUUAAACCGAUCACAGGAAUACCAGUUACAGUACCAACCAGCCAAAGAGGAAUCCUUCCAGUAGUAUCGGCCAUUUCCCCUACUUUCCUCCACAUUUUCUCAAAUGGUCGUGCUAGAGACAAAAACAGUCAUGGAUAAUUAUGAGGAUGGUAUCUUUCCGAAUGGGAUAAGAGAAUUCCUACUAUUCUCUUUCUUUCUUUCAAUUGAAGAAAUAAUUGGAAAAUAAAACAGCAAGUACAAAAAUGAGUAAUAAACCCCAGUAUAGACUGGUACGAUUCAAUUCAACAUUUUGUUCAUUCGGGUUUGAUUGUGUCAUAGCUCUAUAAUUCAAAUUAGGUUUAUCGUUGGAUGAACUGCAUUGCUGAUAUUGACCCCAAAAAAGAAACGGUAGGUACAGCUAGUCCGUGAACAGCCAACCAUCGCACUGUAAAAAUUGGAUAGGUUCGAUCUAUGGUCAUUGGGGGCCUCCUAAAAGGAUUUACUAAAUUCAUCAAGUUGUUCCAAAGAAUCAAAACGGCCGGUUAUCAAUGGAAUACCUUGUCGGCUCUCUGUGAAAUACUCGUUUGGCCGAGGACUUCCAAACACGUCGUAAGCUAAACCCGUACUGACGAAUAACCAACCCGCAAUGAAUAGGGAAGGUAUAGUAAUGCUAUGAAUGACCCAGUAUCGAAUACUGGUAAUAAUAUCAGCAAAAGAACGUUCUCCCGUGCUUCCAGACAUUCUGAGCUCCACAAAUUUUUGUACAUUAAAAAAAGGGAAUCGAUUCCUUGAAAGAUGGGAUCAGUAAAUGGAAAACUACUGAUAUUGCAUCUUUGUGAGAUCGUCAAUUUUGUACCAAAGGUUUAUUUCAAGUAUACCGAAUCAGUAUAGCUAUCCUUCCUCUGGCACAGCAACGCAGUCUCGAUCGGUACCGAAAUGCUACAUAAUUCUUUUCUUCUUUUUUUGUUCCUUGUCUAUGCAUAACUCUAUGUUAUUCAAUAGAUCAAUAGAAAAUUACUCAAAUUCCUUAUAAGAUUUCCAUUAUUGGAUUCAUAAUAGAAAGUAAAGAUCUUGGAAAAGCGUGAAUCGAUGGUUUCUAAUAAUUUAUGAAGCAUAUUAUAAUAUUCACACAAUUCAAUUAUAUGUAUGCGAAAUCUAUAAUAAACCCAUUUUUUGGUUAAAAGUUUUUUUGUUCAAAUCUUUUUAUUUCAAGUAAUUGGUUGGUCGUAUAAUACAAUAAAUAUACUGUAAUACAAAAUACAAUAGUAUAUACUAUAUUAGUGAAAGAAACAGAACAUGAAAGAAACAGAACCCAGUUGGAACAAUCCAUAUUCGUGAUGCAACCGUUAUUGUAUUAGAUCCAAAACAAAGGUUCUUUCUUGACCAAACUAGAAGUAUGGAACUCCAUGAUAUGGAAAGACAGAAUAUAGAAUCUAAAAGGAUAAUGGAAGUUGUUCGUCUUUGAAUCGAGUUGGACCUGAAAAAAAAGAAUAAAAAUAUAAAAAUGAAAAAUAGAGUAAAGGUUUUAUUUUUUUCGAUAGAUCGUGGGACACCUUUUUCUUUUCAUUCGAAAUAUUAUGUUAUGGGCAAUUAAGCAACCUAUUACUGUACUGAGUCCAAUGAGUUAAAAUAAAUAAAAGGUAAAUAGUAUCAGGCCGUUCGUUCCAAAAAGGAUUAGAUCCUAUUGAAAUAGAAAGGAAAUGAUUAAAAUGGAAUUUUCAAAUCCAAUUCUUUUAUUCCAAAA